GCAGUCAGCAAUCAGAAAAGAGUUGCUAUCUGAAUGCUGCAAUCUUGGGAAUAUUCACUUGGAUGGUACAGAGGAUAACAACAAGAGCACUUUCAAGACUAUGAAGUGUGGAGAGGAUACUAUCUCAAGCUUAAAUGGGGACGCUGACAGCUUCCAUAGCAUUAUGCAUGAUGACAAGAGUAUUGUGCUGUUGGUUGCUGCAAACAGUUCGCAACCAAAUAUCAGAGGAGGUCCUUCCAAUGAAGAUGCCAGUGAAAGUGGAAGUCCUGCAAGCUGCAAAACUGAUCAGCCUCUUAUCCAGAAAACCACCGCAGAGAAGUUUACCUCUCCCAUGCCCUGCAUUCCUACCUGUGAUGUUAUGGUUGGCACUGAGCUGGCAAUCUGCUCAUCAGCUUUUACCCAAACUCAAAAUCCAGCAACAGCUGAUAAGCAUCUUAUUACAGAACUCCAUAUGUCAGAUCUGGAUUAUCUUGCUGAGGAAUUUAUCAAACUCAAAACCAAAAGAGAGGAACUGCAAAAAGGAAAAAUGAAAUGCUCAGGCUGUAAAUCGAGAAAGAAAUGUGACUAUGUCCAGCGUGCCCAGCAAGCAGAGCUGAGUCUCCUGGCCCUGCAGUACAGGCUUUGCAGACAACACUAUUUGAAAGACCAGCCCCCCUCAGUGCAGAAAGACACUGAUCAUCUCGGUCCCGAAUCCCCUCCUGCAAACAUUGUGAGUGUCCUGAAAAUGCUGGAAUCUGAGUAUAACCAGAUGAGAGAGAAGAUCCAGGCUGGGAUUCCUCUUCAUGAUCUUAAGCUGCUGUCAGUUGACUGUGCACAGAUAACUGGAGCUUAUGUACCUGCACGAACAACCGAUGACAUGCUGGGAGAUUCUGCAUCUGGGAGCUCUCAGCAACCACAGAAUAAUAUGUCAACUGAUGAACCUCAAUGUCCUCAUGGUGAAAACAGCAAAGACUGCCAGGACGGUCAAAUACACAUGAAUCAACUACAAGAGGGCAUCAGUAAAAUGAGGGGAGCUGUCACUCUUAUCCCAAAUGAAAGAGACCCUGAUCAUAAUACACACAAGCCAAAUGAAAGUCAGUCAGCAACGCCAUUCAAAGAUUUGAGCACAAGUGAGGCUUGGUAUGAUGCUGAGGAAGACCUCGAGCUUGCAGUAGCUGCUGAGACAGAACAGAACACAAUAAUGACUUCAGAACAUGUUACUGAUGAAUAUGGGACUGGUGAGAAGAAGAUGAGUUCAAUGCUGUGUGUUUCUGGUCUGCCCAGUAACGUCUCUGAGGUAAUAACUCAGCUGCCACUCACCUCCAGCCUCAAGCACAGGAAGGUUGUGAGCAUCCCACCCAUGGCUGAAGGAACCUGUGUGCCCCAGUGGGACAGCACCUCGGUCAGCUUUGACAUCCUGAUGGCAGAACUGACACAGCACCACCCAGAUGUCGGGAAGCAGCAAAUACUUGAUGCUCUGUUGGAGCUGUGGGUCAAACACCAGGGUGUCCUCAGUGGGAUGACCCUCAGGAGCAUCAGACAGAUGACAUCUGACAUUCUGACCAGGCCAGUGAGCACCACACAGUUAUGAAGAGGCAGCGCCUUACAGUCAAAAGUAUAGUUUUGUUAUGUUUGUUGAAGUUUAAAUAUUCAAAAAAGGGGGCAAUAUCAUUUUAAAACUAAGUGAUGUGACUGGGGCUUGUUGUGAAUAUGUAAUUUGGGUUUGUUGUGUUAAAAAGCAAAAAAAAAAAAGGGGUUAAACUUUUUGUUGUUAAAGAAUACUGCCUGUUUGUUUUUCAGGCAGCCUGGUCUUUUUCAUUGAGUGCAGUGAUUUGUAUCUUGAUAAGUUUGUGUUUUACAGAUCAGUGGUUUCACAAAGUACCUCCUGACAGGAAUUUCUAUUUUAAGGCAAACUAGUUUAAAUAAAUGACAGAAUUAGUUUUAUGGUUGUAUAUAGAUGUUUAAGCAGCACCUUUGGUUAUAUUUCAUCUUUUAAGUCUCACUGUCUUUAUUGGUCAGUUUUCUUGUUUUCAGUGUUAAAUCUUAAUUGGA